CCCCUCAGACUCUUCUUCUUCUUCUUCUUCUUCCUCACUCUGUUACGUCCUCCAUGGAUGUUCUCAAUUUUCUCAAAUUCUGGAGGCGUGCGGCUAUGGCUGCUACCUCCAACUCUGACCCUCGUUUAGAUGUGGAACCAGAUCACGGGUCUGAAGAAGAUGACUCCUUCUUUGAUUUGGAGUUUACCGUUUGCACCCAUGAAAACAGCGUCAGCAAAGUCAACCUUCACCCACAAGACAAUAUUGAUGGAGGAAAAGAGUUUGAAUCCGGUAAUGAUCAAGUUUCGAGGAAACUGAUUUCUCUGUCGGCUAACGAGUCCAUUUCCAAGAGAAAGAUCCUCCCCAUUGAGCCCCUUUCUAAGCCUCAAUCUCCCAUUGCUCUCUUCAAAUCUGCUCCCAGCUUCAGGAUCCUCAUGUUCAGGAAGAACAAGGAAAUGUCUGCCCCCAAAACAGACGAAAUGGAGGAUUCCCCGUUAUCUCCUUCGCUCAGCAGAAGUGCUAGUACCUCGAGGAGCCAUGGGAGCAGAUCGGAGAGGUUCUCGAAGGAGGUGUUGCAGAAGUAUCUCAGGCUGAUAAAGCCUCUGUAUGUUAAGAUUUCGGGAAGGAACGGCGAGAAAGUGAAGCUCUCGGGGGAUGUAUCCUCUGCUUCAGCUGCGUCGUCUCCUUUGGUACCCCCUGUUUCUUUGAAAAGAGAGAAACAGGGUAAUAUUCCGGCGGGGAUUCGUGGUGCGUGUAAGCAUCUGGGGAAGAGCAAAUCGGCGUCCAUGAUCACCGGGAUCGGGUCUCCGGCGAGAAGGAGCGACGAUACGCUGCAACUGCAAUACGAUGGGAUUCAAAGCGCCAUUCUUCACUGCAAGAGAUCGUUCAACUCCAGAGAAUAUGCUUCCACUAUCACCCAGUCUGAAGAUAAAUCAACUUGCUCGAAGAGGAACGAGACAAGCAUCUAAUGGUCUGAUUUUCUGGGGAAAAUUCAGGAGUAUAAGAGAAAAUCUGGGAACGUGAUUUUUGUUUUGCAAAGAAAAGCAAUGAGAUAAAAUAGGGUAUGUUGAUGUUGCUUAGGGAUGAUGAUUAGUAUUAUAGGGUAUCCUGUUGGUCAGUGUAAAUUGAUUGAUGCGUCACAUAUGAAGACUCGCUUCAGAUUCUUGAUCUUCAGUGUAUCUCUGUUUUUCAUAUUUUCUUUUUCUCUGCAAAAUGCUUCUUUUUUCA